UUUUUGUUUAUUAAGAAAAAUUCUAAUAAUACAUUCAACAAAAUGAUAUACAUAAACAAAGUAAUAUAUUGAAACAAUAAUUUUUAAUUAUCAAUAAUAAGCAUUGUUUUAAUUUAGAAAAAACGUUAUUGAUUGUCAGUAAUUAUGACUUCACUAAAAGUCUCUUGCAUUGAAUGCAAAAAAAUUUUUGAGGCUAAAUCUAUCUCACAUCAUUUACGAGUUGCUCAUAAUCAAUAUGUUCCAGUCUACAGCUGUAGCGAUUCUAUGUGUUGUAGAAUAUAUAACUCUUUUAAUUCAUUACGUAACCACCAUAAACGUUGUCACAAUAACACAGACACAAGAUCAGUCCAAUUAAAUAGUAAUGACGAUAAUUCAAAUUAUGAAGUCUCUAGUCAUUGCAUGAACACAGCAUUUGAUCCGCCGUCACAACCAACUUACUAUUCUUACAAUAAUAUUAUAGAAAAAUUAAUAAUUCCAGAAGUCAAAAUAAAAAAAUCAUUUUUUUCUAAUAACGCACUCAUUACUGCUACUGAAUUAUACGGUGACUUAAGUUUAAAUCGUAGUCAAUCUGAAAACAUAAUAAAAAUAAUUCAUGACAACAUAUUAAAUAGUCAAGAAUUUAACUCUUUAAAAUCAUCCGUGUCUAAUAUAGUUCCUUCGUCUUCUUUACAUGAUAUUCUGAUGAAGUUUAAUGGUAUUCAAUCCUGUUUCUCUGAAAUUAAGACAGAGCACUUAUUUACCAAGCAGUUACGUAAAUUAAACUAUUUUAUUGACCCAAAACCCGUAGUUUAUGGAUAUCGUGAUGAAUUACGCAGUGGAGUCCUCGAACAAAUUAAGUGCGAGGGAUUUAUUAUACCUUUAGAAAAAUAUCUAAAAAAUUAUUUUGAAAUGAAGAAUGUAUUUUCAAGCAUCUUGAAUUAUAUGACAAAAAUUGAAAUAAAAAAUAACAUAGAAAAUAUUAUUCAAACUAACUUUUGGAAAUCUAAGAUAACUAAUCAUUCAGUUUUAACUUUACCUGUAUUUAUAUAUGAAGACGCAUUUGAAACGGGAAACCCAUUAGGUUCACAUGCAGGUAUUCAGAGCAUGUCUGCUAUGUAUCUCUCUGUUCCUUGUUUACCCCCCGAAUUUCGUUCACAAUUGUCUAAUAUAUUUCUUGUUCAAAUCGCUUAUAGUAGUGAUGUAAAAAAAUUUGGGUCAAAAGUUGUAUAUAAUAAUAUUAUUGAGCAGCUAAAUAGUUUAUCAUCAAAAGGUAUAGAUCUAGAAAUAUCAGGAAUAAAAUUAAAAAUCUAUUUGCAACUUAGUUUAAUUAUCGGAGAUAAUUUGGGGUUAAAUACCAUGUUAGGUUUUACAAGCAGCUUUAAUUCUGACUAUUUUUGUAGAUUUUGUAAAAUUACUAAAAAAAAAUCCAGUCAAGAAUGCGAUGUACAAAAUUGUUUAUUACGCAAUAAGAUUAACUAUGAAGCUGAUGUAAAAAAAAAUAAUGUGUCAGAAACGGGAAUAAAAGAAGAAUGUUCAUGGAACGAUGUAAAUGGUUUUCAUGUAACAGAAAAUUAUUGCGUAGAUAUUAUGCACGACAUAUUCGAGGGGGUCUGCAAUUACGAUAUGGGACAUAUAUUACAUGAGCUGAUUAAUAUUCAGAAAUUGUUUAGCUUAGACGAUUUAAAUUUCAAAAUAACUUAUUUUCCUUACCCUGAUAAUAUCAAUAAACCACCAGUUAUUACAGCUAACCAAUUAACUAAUAAAUAUAUCAAAAUGUCCGCUGCCGAAAUGAAAAAUUUUAUAUUAUAUGCAGCUCUAAUAAUAGCUGAUUUACUACCUAAUAAAAAUCUCGAUCACUGGAAAUUAUAUCUGUUGCUGCGUUCAAUAGUUUGUAUCGUGCUAAAAUCGGAAAUUUGUGAUAACGAUACGAUCAAUCUCGAUAAACUUAUUAAAAAACAUCACAUCUUAUAUGUGAAACUAUUUGGACCUACAUUAAAACCGAAGCAUCAUUUCAUGCUUCAUUAUCCUGCAAUAAUGAAAGUAGUAGGACCACUAGUUCACAUAUGGGCUAUGCGCUUUGAAGCAAAACACCAGCCGAUGAAACAAAGUGCUGUCUCAUCUAUGAAUACGACAAAUUUACCGAAAACAAUAGCUAUUAAACAACAGUUCUGUUCUGCUAAAGUAUUUUUAAAAAAUAAUUGUUGUACUAAUUCGAUUUCUUAUGAGAAUUUAGAUGAAAAUUUUGUAUCACAACCUUUCAAUAUAGUUGGAAUGAACUAUAACAAUUAUGAUGAAAUUAAAAGUGUUGUAAUUAGACAUAUAACGUAUAGUGUUAGUACGAUUGUCCAAUUGAAUAAUGAUGAUUUACCAUCGUAUGGCUUUAUACAUAAUAUUUUUCGCGAGAAGGUUCAUGAAACUGAGGAACAUAACUUUGCUUUCAUUUGUAAGAUUAUUGAAGCAAUUGGAAAAGUUGAAAAUUUACAAAGCUUUGAAGUCCAAAAUACUGACAAAUACGAAUUUUUUCAAUUUGAAAAUUUAUUUUCUCAUACACCAUGCAUUAUGGUUAAAUUAUUAAACAAUAAAUUAAAUAUUCCUUGCGACUAAUUGUUGUAUUUUAUGAUGAUGGAUUACGUAUACUCGUUAAAAAGUUAAUUUGAUUCUGAAAUCCUUUAAUUAAGAAUAUUAAUUUACCUUUUCUACAAGGGUAUUCUUAGAUUAACAUACUUUAUGAGUCUGAUUAACUUGUUUAAUUUUAGUUUCCUGAAUUUAUUACAUUUGAACGCAUGUAUUUCAAGCCAUUACUUGAACUAAAAUUUUAU